AUGGACGCCGUCAACCAGCUUCAGCCAACAUGGACGCCAUCGCGCAAUACCUCUGGGCUAGCCAUUGAGCAGUUCCGUGCCUACAUCAUUUCUCGCUGCUGGCAGGACCUGAUCAACUCUCCCACUUUCUACGAGGGAAGUCGCUUGAAUUACGCGGAGAAUGUUUUUCUGCCAGGCCGGAUGGGCGUGGCCCUCACCAGUCUGUCAGAAAGUAACGGGGGUGAGCCAUCAACCAUGUCCUGGGAUCAACUCAAGUGCCAAGUCGCGAGGGCUGCUAGUGCUCUCCGAGGAUCUAGUAUUGGAAAGGGUGAUAUAGUGGCAUAUAUUGGCGGCAAUACACCACAGCCCAUAGUUAUAUUCCUGGCAGCUGCAUCCAUCGGCGCAACAUUUACCUCGCUGGCUUCCGACAUGGGAGAGAAGCUGAAGGCAAUUAUUGAUCGACUCGUCCAAGUACGACCGAAAAUCCUCUUCGCUAUCAAUUCCUAUCAGUACAAAGGCAAGCUGUAUACGUGCGUCAGCAAGGUCUCCAAUGUGGUCAACGAACUGCGACGAAAUGCCAAUCUGCAACAUUCAGUCAUGGAAAUGAACAUUCCAGGAGUUGCAUUAGGAGCUAUCGAGCAUGCAAAGCACUGGAUCUCGUUGGAAGGGUUUCUCGCCCGUGGGAGUGACAACCCUCUCGCUUUCGUGCAAGUGCCAUUCGACCAUCCCAUGCUGAUUUUGUUCAGCUCUGGGACGACAGGCGCACCCAAGGGGAUGGUACACUCACAAGGGAUCGGUUGGACGAUGUGGAACAUCUUCCUUGGGGGACUGCUCGCCGGAGCAAACCUCAUUCUUUACGAUGGAUCGCCGUUCUACCCCAGCCCAGAGAAGCAUCUUGGGGCGAUUUUGUCGCUUGGGUGUACUGUGCUGGGUGGAAGCCCACGCUACUUCGCAGAGCUCAAGAAAUUGGAUGUCGUUCCACAGAAAUUCACCGAUAAGAGCAAGGUACGGCUGCUGAACAGUAGCGGGGCGGUUCUAAGUGAGGAUAUCUGGACGUGGAUGGCAGAUGCAUUCAGUGGGGCGCCCAUUAUCUCCUUCUCUGGAGGCACAGAAGUCUGCGGUUCUUUCCUUCACGGCACGCUUGUGCUGCCGCAGUACGCCGGUGAAAUUUCGGUCAAAGCCCUUGGUAUAGACGCAGACAUAUACAAUGAGCAAGGCAAAAGCUGUCAGCCAGGCGAGUCGGGCGAACUGGUUAUCAAAAGUCCUUUUCCUAAUGCUGCUGUCUACUUCUGGGAUGAUCACGACGGAUCACGAUAUCGGUCGUCGUACUUUGAGUCUCACCCCGGUGUUUGGACGCAUGGGGACUUCGCCAAGGUGAACCCUGCGACCCAGGGAAUCAUCAUGCUGGGAAGAAGUGAUGGAGUUCUCAACCCUUCCGGGGUGAGGUUUGGUUCGUCCGAGAUAUACUCCGCGAUGAGUGCAUUCAGCGACCUCGUCGAAGACAGCCUCUGUGUUGGACAGAAGGCCGUCAAUGAAGACGAGCGCGUUCUACUCUUUCUCCAAAUGCGCCCCACAGUUUCGCUCACCGAAAGUAUUCGACAAAAAAUCCGAGCACAUAUUUCGCAGACACUGAGUCCCCGCCAUGUCCCACACAACAUCAUCUCUGUGCCCCGUGUUCCCUACAAUGUUAAUGGGAAGAAGCUAGAAGUGCUUGUGAAACAUGUGCUUUCCGGCGGCAAUAUUGACGCUCGCACGAAGAGUACUCUGGCGGAAGAGGGCAGUUUAGACUUCUUCAAGAGAUUCGACAAGGUUGGGGGUGGCUCCCAGGCAAGGGAGCAAAAGCUCUAG